AUUAAUUUUCUGUUUAUAGGAAAACUUCGUUCAAAUCUAUUGGGAACACAAUUUACAAUAUUCGACAAUGGUCGGUCACCAAAGAAGGGUCACACCAACGAUACAAUUCCGCGUCAAGAACUGGCCGCCGUAAUUUAUGAUACAAACGUCCUAGGUUUUAAGGGACCUCGAAAAAUGACGGUUUUACUCCCAGGAAUGACUGUGGACCAUCAGCGAGUUACGAUUCAUCCGCAAGACGAUAGCGAGGGAUUGAUCGAAUGUUGGAAAGCGAAAAACGUGGAUAAUUUAAUCGAGUUACAUAAUAAAACACCCGUUUGGAACGAUGACACACAAUCGUACGUGUUAAAUUUCCAUGGGCGAGUGACGCAGGCGUCCGUUAAAAAUUUUCAAAUUGUUCAUGAUAGUGAUCCGGAUUAUAUUGUUAUGCAAUUUGGAAGGGUUGCUGAGGAUGUGUUUACAAUGGAUUAUCGAUAUCCAUUGUGUGCACUUCAAGCGUUCGCAAUUGCGUUGAGUAGUUUUGAUGGAAAAUUAGCUUGUGAGUAGGUUAUUUAUUUAUUUAUUUGGAUUUAAUUCGAAUAAUGUGCCUAUUAUCGAGUAUUGUAAUUAGUUAUUAUGGAGGAGUAUCACUUUAAUUAAUUUUUUGAGUUCUAGUCCGUGUACAAUUUAGAUCUAAAUUUUUUUCUCUUCACUUUAAAGUACAAGAUUUUUUUAGAUUUAAGAAGAAGUACACAUAAAUGUAUUAUUUAAGUUUUUAUAAUUGAUUUGUAAGUUAUUUUGACAAAAUUAGCUUAGUUAUUUUUCCUAAGGAGAGUGCCUAAGGCCCCAAAAAUCAUAUUAUUUAACUAUAUUAAUUGUUUUACUUGAUUCUGGUAUUAAGGAUAUUGAUCCAAAGAUAUACAAAAAAAUGAAGAUGCUCAGUUUUUCGAAACUUAUCCGUCUGAUUAUCAAAAAGAAAAUGCACCUUGUUUGCUGUGAUCACAAUUUACAUUGAUUUAAAAUUUAAAUCGAUAUAUAGUUUUAUAAUAAAAACGUUAAAUAUUUUUCACUAAAAUAUGGGUGUAUAUCGAUAAACGUGUUCAAAAAAUAUUGAUAGAUCAAAAUAUUUACGAAAAAAGAAGUUAAUUAAGAUUUAAUAAAUGUGUAUAUCUGCUCAUCAAUAUAAACAAGAUAUAACAAUCAGUAUUCAAAAUGUACUUGUAUAAUUGUGUAUAUUAGCCAAGAAGCUAAAAGAAAAUAAAAUACUAUUUAAUAAAACAGGAACGUUCUGAAAUAUAUCUUCUCGAAUAUGUUAUAAAAUAAUAAUGUAACAUAAAAAAUGGAAUUUAUUGAAACACUAAGUGCAUUUAUUUUCGUUAGAUAUUACGAAGUUCAUCUGCUACUUUUGUAUUGUCUUAAUUAAAUAGAAUAAAGAUUUUCACUUCAA